GUUUUCCGCCUCGUCUGUGAUCCUCCCCUCUCCCCUCCCUCCACCACAUAAAUCUCCUACUACUACCCAUCCCACCUCUUCCGUUUCCACUCUACGAAAAUGGCAGGCGGACGCAUGAAAUAUCGCCAUCUUGGCCGCACCUCUUCGCAUCGUCAAGCGCUCCUCAGAAACCUCGUCACUUCCCUCUUCACCCACGAAUCCAUCUCAACUACAUAUCCCAAAGCGAAGGAAGCGCAGAGAUUAGCAGAACAUUUGAUUACAUUAGGCAAGAAAAAUACCGAGGCUUCAAAGAGAAAGGCAUUGAGUAUAUUUUUUACCCCCCAUGAUCUCCUCCCCAAGCUUUUUGGAACCCUCCGCGAGCGAUAUGCUUCGCGCCCAGGUGGAUACACCCGUGUUCUCCGUAUCGAGCCUCUGAAAGAAGACCAAGCACCCUCUGCUAUUCUCGAGCUCGUCGAUGGCCCCAAGGACACCCGCUGGGCGAUGACCGCCCGAACCGUUGCGCGUUUUCGCCAAGAGAAAAUUCCAAUGAAUGAUAUUACUGAGAGAAAUGUUGAGAAAGUAACGCAGUUUCGCGAGGGGGGAGAAGAGGCUUUUGAGAGAUUUGUGACGAGGGUGGGAAAAUUGGGGUUGGGGAGGCAGAAGAAGAGAGUGGAUGUGCCAUUUGAUGGGCCUGGGGAGGAAGGAGUUCUGGAGGGAAAGAAGAAGAGGGAGAAGAGGUGGGGUGGAUUUAUUUAGGAGAUUGGCCUGGAUUGGAUGGAUGGAUGUCUGGACAGACGAGAUGUGGUUUUCUUGGUAGACUGGUAUCGGGAUAGGAUGGGGUUCUCAGGGUCUGCGUGAUUAAAUGUGGAGGAAUGUACAAAUCAAAGACUUGAGAUCAUGCGCCACAGUCAGCGGGAUAUCUAUUCUGCUUAAGUUGUCUCGAAGCAAAGGUGGGUAUUUGUUACGAAAGUCAACGUCUUCAAGCGAAUAUGGAAAUGGAACGAGGGUUGAC